AUGGGCCGCAUUGAUAUCAAUAUUGCGGUAGAGAGAAGAAAGAAGUUAGAGGAACUGCAACAAGAACCAACAAGAAGAAGAUUACAGAGCAAAAUCCGGAAAGAUAAAAGACUAACAACAAGAACAUUACAAAGCAGAAUCCAGGAUGAUGAUACGAGAAGUAAAUUCAACAAUUAUCACGUGAUAGAUAUAUAUAAAAACUAUGACUUAUAUCAAGCAGCCCAAAAUGGCAGCUCCGAAUAUUUCGGCAGAGUCCUGGACCGAGUUUCAUCAGCAGAAACCAAACAAUUUGGAGAAAUCUUGCGUAGAGUGAGCCCUGCUGGAAAUACGCUUCUACAUAUAGCAGCUAAACAUGGAAAUGAAGAUGCAGUAACUUACAUUGCUGCAAAGGUUCCAUCACUGCUAUUAAUCAAGAACGACAAUGGAGAAACUGCGUUGCAUCUUGCUGCAAAAGCUGGAUAUGAAUCAGUGGUGAAAAUGUUGGUGUUGCAAUUUGAAAAUGGAGCAGAUGAGAACUAUCUAUUAAGGGCAAAGAAUGAGAGAGGAAACACAGCAUUGCAUGAAGCAUUAAUCAACGGUAGCGAUUCAAUAGCUCAAUAUUUGAUCCAAAAAGAUCCUGAGGUAUCAUAUUACGACAACAACGAAGGAGAAUGUGCGCUGUACUUAGCAGCCAAAUCUGAUGUUUUGGAAGCCAUGUUAAGCAAGAACCCAAGUUUGAUCCAAUCACGAGAUGGUACAGGGAGAACUCCGCUUCACUGUGCAGCGUCACUAGGCUAUCUUGAAGAGGUCGGUUACUUGCUACAAGAAUAUCUUCCUAGUGCCUUUCAAAGAGAUGGAAGUGGUUCAUUCCCCAUUCAUUUGGCGUCAAUUAAAGGCAACGUCCAAGUCAUCAGCUUAUUGCUUGAAGACUGUCCGGAUCCAGAGGAGAUGCUCGAUGGAGAUGGUUGCAAUAUUCUACACAUUGCUGCAAGGAACGGAAGAUGUAAUGUAGUCAGCUACGUUCUGAAAAGUCCGUAUCUAAAGAACCUUAUAAACAUGAAAGAUAAACACGGAAACACACCCCUGCAUUUGGCAACAAUGAAUUGGCACCCCAAAAUUGUCAGUGCAUUAACAUGGGACAAUAGAGUCGACGUUACAUUGGUCAAUGACAAGGGUAUGACAGCUCUAGAUGCUGCUGACCAUUACAUGCCCGAUAAUCCCCAGUUUCCCCAGCGUCUGACCUGGGCUGCCCUCAAAACUGCUGGAACCCCUCGAUCUCUGUCUCGGGAAACUGUAGGUAGACAGGCUCCGAAGAAGAGCUCCGACAUGGAUAACUAUAAGGAAAGAGUCAACACUCUUUUGCUUGUAGCUACUCUGGUUGCCACAAUAACCUUUGCAGCCGGUUUCACUUUACCUGGUGGAUAUAAUACAGAUACAGGGAUGGCAACUAUGCUUGGAGACGCUAUAGCCAUGUACAGCUCCAUUGUAGUGGCUGUCACUCUCAUUUGGGCUCAAUUAGGUGACAUCAAAUUAGCAUUUAAUGCACUCACUUUGGCAGUGCCUUUGCUUGGGAUUGCUCUUUGUAUGAUGUCAAUUGCUUUCACCGCUGGUGUUUUCUUAGUAGUCAGCAAACUUCGAUUGCUAAGUACUGCCGUACUUGUCAUGGGCAUCACUUUCCUCGCUAUUAUGUCCAUCAUCCUAAUUCCAUUGUGCAGUUCACAUACUUCAAGUAAUCGGAUAGUACGCUAUCUGUCCUACUAUCCCUUCUACCUGUUGAUAUUAGCAAGCAGCAGCUAA